GUUUUUGUGGUCAAAUAAAUAAACGCCGAAUAAACCAAAAUAUAUAAAAACCUGAGAAGUUGAACUAGCGUUAUUGUUAUUAACGAAGAAUGGAUACGAAUAUAAAACUAAUAAGGACUGUUAAACAAAAUCCUGUACUAUAUAGAAAGAAUGUUUCAUUAGUGGACAGAAGAGAGGGUUGGAAGCAAUUAGCUGAACAAUUUAAUAUGCCUGAACAAAAUAUAAAAAGCCGUUGGCAUUUCUUAGUACAAAAUUUUUUACACAAUAAAACUUGUACAUAUAAAAAAGAAAUGUCGUUUAUGAUUCCGCACUUAAGUGUUAAACCUAAUAUCACAAAAAUUACAGCACCAAAUGAAUCGUCUAAUAUAAUAAAUCCGGAAUUCUAUAUAACAGAAAAAGACAUUGAGAAUCCAAGUGAUAAUGAGGAUUACGUGUUUUUGGAAGUAGAGCAAUUGGAUGAAAACGGCGACGAAGUAACAAUAGUCGAAGAAGCCAUUACAACCAACAAUUACCUGCAAGAAGUCGAGGUGAAAACUCAUAAAGUAAAUAAUCUUGAUAAAAAAAGUGUGCAGCAGAAAUCCACUGAAAAACCUAAACAAAAUAUUAAAACGGAAGAUGAACAAAAACCUAAACAAGAGCAUGCUGAAAAAGAGCAGUGCUCGAAUGAUGAAAUCAUAAUUCCAGAUAUCGUUACUGUAAACACAUCUUCAAAUAAUAACAUUCAAUCCCAUGAAGAAACCACCAAAGUGGAAACUGAUAAAAGUGCUGACAGUGAAGAUGAGGAUAUGAUAUUUUGUAAAUUAGUGAUGGCGAUGAUGCAAAAAAUGGACUCUGAAAAGAAGUUCAAAGUUAAAAAAGAUAUAAUGCAAAUAUUAUUCAGUUAAAACUGUACCGCUGUAUUAUUUCUAUUUUAAUUAGUUUUAUGUAUUACUUAUAUUAACAUUAAAUAUAUGCAUUGUUAUAGACAAACCACAA